GGGAGGGAGAGUAGGGAAGAACGAGACAUAGGGAGGUAGAGGGCAAGAGAGGGAGUGGAGGGAAAGGUGGACGAGCGAGGGUAGGAUUGUGAUGGGCAAUGAGUGGUGUGUGUCUGAGUGAGUGCUGGUGAACACAUGGGAGCCGAUCAAAGUUUUAUACGGCUGCUGACCGUGGCGGGCUCGUUCUGCCCCACUUGGGAGGGGGUACACAGCUGCACACAGUUAUUGAGGGUCAUUGCCUGUUGGAAUAUGGCUCCACUGAGGCUAUUCGAAUGCCUUCGACAUCCAGCCACAGUGGAAUACUUUUCAUCACAUCUUCCCUGCAGGUGGACCAAAGGUUCCCUCCUGAGCGGGUCCCAUUUGAAAGAGGGUGUCCGGUUUGUAAUUCCGGUGGACGGGAGGGAGAGUUACGGUGCACGAGAGUGGAGGGAAGGAGGAGUUAGUGUUGGGAGGCAGAGUUACGGUGCACGGGAGUAAAAGGAAGGAGACUUACGGUGGACGGGAGUAAAGGGAGGGAGAGUUACGGUGGAGGGAGAAAGUGAGUUACGAUGGACGUGAGUGAAGGGAGGGAGAGUUACGGUGGAUGGGAGUGAAAAAGUGAGUUUUGGUGCACGGGAGUAAAGGGAAGGAGGAGUUACAGUGUUGGGAGGCAGAGUUACGGUGCACGGGAGUAAAAGGAAGGAGAUUUACGGUGGACGGGAGUAAAGGGAGGGAGAGUUACGGUGGAGGGAGAAAGUGAGUUACGGUGCACGGGAGUGUAGAUGUCUCAGGCCUUUUGGGAGGGAGAGUUGCGGUGGAGGGAGAAAGUGAGUUACGGUGCACGGGAGUGUAGAUGUCUCAGGCCUUUUGGGAGGGAGAGUUGCGGUGGAGGGAGAAAGUGAGUUACGGUGCACGGGAGUGUAGAUGUCUAAGGCCUUUUGGGAGGGAGAGUUUGGUAGUGAGGCGCCAAGAAACAACCUGCAGAACACUGGACCCAACUCUGAUUUCCGCUCAUUCCUCUCUCACCCCUCCUCCAUUUCCCUUCCUGCCCUCCUCUUUCCCUCAACCUCCCUUUACACACCCCAUCCCGCGUGUCGCUGAGAGUCUGAAGACGAACGCGAGACAGCUGCUCCGAUUGGCUUGUGAAUGUGGGCGGUACUGUCCAAAAAAGAUGAAUGGCCAGCGUACUUGAUUGGGCAGAUAUAAGCCUAAGGUUGUGAUUGGCUGACUGGUGACCGCGGAGGGCAGUACCGAUUGGGUGCGCUGGCGGCGAUUCAGCUGACUCACGCUUUAGCCAAUCAGAAGCCGCACGUUGCGCAAACGCUAGGGAGGAGCACAUUCUGAUUGGAGGAGACGGAGUCGGCGGGGUGGGACUGCGACCAGCGGAGCGGGAGAUGGCGGAUACGAAGAACGCAGAGGAGGCCGGCGUGGAGCGGAGCGGCGGCGGCCCGGUUCCACGGCAGGGGACGAGCCGGUUCAGUGAUGCGCCCAGCCUGGAGGAAAUCCGAAAGCUGCAGGCACAGUUUACCGAUGAGAGGGAUUGGGAUCAGUUCCACCAGCCGCGGAACCUGCUGCUCGCACUGGUGGGCGAAGUGGGCGAACUGGCCGAGCUUUUCCAGUGGCGAGGCGAGGUGGCUGAGGGACUCCCAGGCUGGACCGACGCAGAACGGACAGCUGUCCAACAUGAGCUCAGCGAUGUGCUGCUGUACCUGGUCGAGCUGUCGGACAAGUGUGGUGUGGACCUUCCGAAGGCCGUGCUUGAGAAACUGGAGCUGAACCGACAAAAAUAUCCUGCUGCCCUCGUCCGGGGUUCUGCCCGCAAGUACACGGAGUACAGUAGCUAGGGGAGAUGACAGCAGAAGGGAGGUGACUCCCUCAACCCCUCUCUCUCAGGGAGAGAUCUGUACAUGACCAGUGUCUCUCAGUCCCUCUCUCUCAGGGGGAGAUCUGUACACUGACCGGUGUCUCUCUGUCCCUCUCUCUCAGGGGGAGAUCUGUACACUGACCGGUGUCUCUCAGUCCCUCUCUCUCAGGGGGAGAUCUGUACACUGACCGGUGUCUCUCUGUCCCUCUCUCUCAGGGGGAGAUCUGUACACUGACCGGUGUCUCUCAGUCCCUCUCUCCCAGGGGAAGAUCUGUACACUGACCGGUGUCUCUCUGUCCCUCUCUCUCAGGGAGAGAUCUGUACAUGACCAGUGUCUCUCAGUCCCUCUCUCUCAGGGGGAGAUCUGUACACUGACCAGUGUCUCUCUGUCCCUCUCUCUCAGGGAGAGAUCUGUAAACUGAACGGUGUCUGUCUGGGAGAGAUGUGUACACUGACCGGUGUCUCUCAGUCCCUCUCUCUCAGGGGGAGAUCUGUACGCUGACCGGUGUCUCUCAGUACCUCUCUCUCAGUGGGAGAUCUGUACACUGACCAGUGUCUCUCUGUCCCUCCCUCUCAGGGGGAGAUCUGUACACUGACCGCUGUCUCUCAGUCCCUCUCUCCCAGGGGGAGAUCUGUACAUUGACCAGUGUCUCUCUGUCCCUC